AUAGCUGCUCUAAUAAUAUAUAUCAAAUUUCAGACACCUGUCCGUCAGAUGCGAGUCAUUCUGGCGUUGUUACGCUGUAUCGUCAGAGCAUUGAAGAAAAGAAGCGAAUCUCAUCCACCGUCGCAGAUUCCUUCGCGGAUUCCAAAGGAUAUUCACACCAUCGUCGAUUGCUAUGACCUUGAUCCCACCUUGCACGCCUUCGUAGCAUGCCCAAAUUGUUAUGCACUGUCUCCUCUGACAGACCAAGAACUCAAAACCGCGGAGAGUCUCCACCAAGCAAACCAACCUCUUCCUGUGUGCGACGAGAAGUCUCAUCCAGACUCAGUACCGUGUGGAACUACUCUGUGGAGAACCCGCCGUAUUGAUCGACGAACGUUUGUUACUCCUAUACGAAAACAGGUGUUUCAGGAUUUGAAGGAAUGGAUUGGAAGAAUUUUGGCUACUCCGGGAAUCGAAGAUGCGAUAGCUCAACAUCAACAGAGUCCGUCUCCUGCAGAUGGUGAUCCAGAAAGAGAUUUUGUGGAUUCCAAAACGUUCCGUCAAUUCAAGGGCGCGGAUGGCCAGCCAUAUGCAAUACCUCAGACGGGCCCUUCUGGAUCGCCGGACCUGCGACUCAUGACAAGCCUUGGCUUUGAUGCUUUCAAUCCGUUCCACUCCAAAACGGCACAUGCUAUCAACAUGUUUCUACUCACUGUCAUGACCGGAAAACCUAGCCAGCAUCAGAUAAACUUCACUCUACGCAAGCUGGUGAAGCAACUACUUCCUUUUUGGGAAGGAGUAUUCUACGUACGCACCGCGCGCUAUUUUCUGGGGCGAAGAGUCUUCAUAGCGCUCAUUCCUGCCGUAUGUGACACCGAAGGCGCACAUCAGCUUUCGGGAUUUGCUUCACAUAGCCAUACAUACUUCUGCCGACGAUGCCUAUUACAAAUUGGCGACAUUCACAACCUUGUUCCCGAAACAUGGCUAAUGCGGGACUCUGCUCAGCAUAGAGAGUUAGCUCUAAAAUGGAAAGAGGCCUCAACGGAAGAAGAACGCCAGAAAAUUUAUGACGAGUAUGGUAUCCGGUGGUCGGAGCUCUUAGAGCUACCGUACUGGGAUCCCGUUCUUUUCACCAUCAUCGACGACAUGCAUUUUGCGCAACUCGGCCUGUUCGAAACUCAUCUCCGUGACAUAUGGCAAAUUGACCACAAAAGUGUCGGCGGUGAUGGUCUUUAUCCAGAAGUUAAAGACCAAUGGAAACUGUGCAAUGCCAGUUUGCGCAAUCUCCUGAACGAAAUCCGGGAAAAUCGACCAUCCUUACAGACUCGCUUGCAGGAACAAAAGAAAAGAACCCUGUGGUAUGUUUGCUUUAAGCUCGGGUUACGUACAGGGGUUCGCAAGAAGAAAUCUUUGGUAGACCAGAUUUUGACAUGGUACAGGGACAGUCCCCUGAAACAGUCCCUACCCCGCCAUGUUAUUGGUAAGGACCUGCUGGAGGAGAUUUGGGCGGAUAUGAAACGAACUGUUUUGCCUACUUGGAUUCAAUCACCGCCUCCAAAUUGGGGUACUCCUGCACAAGGCAAGCUUAGCGCUGAUGAGUAUAAGGUCGUAUGCUCAAUCUCACUGGUCAUUACACUGAUCCGGGUAUGGGGAUACGGAACCGAAGAUCCUCAGUCCCGUCGCUUCCAGAUGCUGUUGAACUAUCUGGACCUUGUUCAUGCAAUCCAUGUCCUUUUGCUCCGUGAAACAUCUCGGAAGUCAAGGGACUAUUACAGAGCUCAUAUUCAGAGAUAUUUAGAGACUGUCCUGGUGUUAUAUCCCGAUUUCACACUGAAACCAAACCACCACUUCUCACUCCAUGUUCUCACUGACCUGGAAACCAUGGGCCCAGGUCAUGCUCGGAGUACGCCAGUGUUUGAGCGAAUCAACCAUUCCUUACAGGAACUUAAUGCGAACCAACAUUUAGGUGAAAUUGAAGCUACCAUGUUGACCGCCUAUUGCCGGCAAGCUAACCUGCAAGUGAUCUUGAAUCACAAUGCCGAUGUACGACAAGACAUCGAUGAAGCUAUUGAAGCUCUGAAAAACAUCGAACGUGAGGAUCAUCGCGGUAUGUUCCCUGGAACGGACCACUCGGUUUGGUCAAGCACUGAGUUCAAAGCAACUGCCUUUUGGAUCAGACAUUCCACUCUGGAUCGUAUCACACAUUACCUAUGUGGGAUAUAUGACCUACCUCACUCUCAUUGGAGUUCCAAACUCACUCGCCAGGCUGUAAGACCUGGGUCAAAAUAG